AUCAGCCAGCAUGCCAUCAACCCUCAUCGUCAAGCUGAGCCAUGCGCUGAAUCGCUUGAAGUUGCAAAGGAUUCACCGACGCCGACAAUCGCAGUCAUCGGACGACGCGGAACGCCCUGAGGAUGCUCGGUCUUCCACGAAUCGGCAAGACUCCGCACAAGAAGAGGAGGCCCAGACCCCGAGGCUGCCGCUUCCCUACCUGCCCACCGAGCUUUGGAGCAUGACCCUAUCCUACGUCGAUCCAAUCACGCUCUGGACCUCAUGCCGACACGUCUCGUACAUGUUCGGCGCAGUCGCUAAGAAGGUCGUCCAGCUCGAAAUCGUACCGCAGCUAGAACUUCGUGCGCGGCGACACGACCCCAACGAAGUCUUCUGGACGCCCCAUAACUCUUGCCGCUGGAGCUUUCAGGGCUACGCACGCGGAUAUCCAACCCAUGCCAUAUUCGCGCAAACCUCACCCGAGCAUGAUCACCGCUGUUCAUGGAGACCUUCCCACUCGGCAGCAGUACGCGAGCCCGGUCUGGCGCUCGCCAGCUCGUUCACGAUCGAUUUCAACGAAUCUAAGGGGCCCACCGGUGAGAUUUCGUGGCUCCUCAAGCCCCGCUUGGGUUGCGGGGACUGGGUCGAGGUGCGAGAAGGGGCGGGUGGAUGGACUUUCACGGCGGGAGACGAGUGGGGUUCGCAUAGAAAAGCCAGGAGGCAAUGGCAGACAGACCGUGUUUUCGUUGUUGACUGGAGACUGCUAUUUCGGGUGUAUGUCUUGCAGUCGACCUGGGGAGUGAGAGUGACUGAGGGGAAAGAGACACGCGUAAUCGAUAUCGCAUCGCGUGCGAACUAAUUGGCAGCCAGCCGGUUUGCCUUUUCUUACGGAGCACCGCUCCGCGCACUGCAAUGUUUGGCGUGGAUGAAA